AUGACAAGGAUACACCGUUGGAGUUUGAUCGAGACAACGGAUACGAUAAAGAGAGGACAAAGCAAGAUCACAGCCUGUGCAGCAGGGGAUGGCGGCGCCAUCAACAAACGCUUGAGGUAUCCUACGGGCAAGCUGCUCGCCAUCUGCAGCGGGAGUGAAAAAGUUCAUAAACCGCAGAAGAACUACACGUUCGAUCGCUAUGGGAAGAAUCGACUCCCUCUUUCUUCUAGUACACCCAUUCGGGUCAGGACAUCUUGCCGCAAUCUUCCUCUGACUUUAACCCUGCCGGCGAACGUGGCAGCACUUGACACCGGUCCCGAAUCAUCGAACUCGUCCUCGCAAGGCCGUCUCGGAUAG